AUGGGUGGAGGGGUUGGGUAUGGUAUUUGGUUUGGGGGUGAGGGGGGGGGGUGUGGGGGGUGGUUGGGGAUUGUGAGGGGGGGGUUGGGGAGGUUGGGGGGUUGUGGGAUAGGUAGGGAUAGGGGGAUGUGGGGGGGAUGGGUUUUGUUGUUUUUUUGUGGGUUGGGGUGGUGGGGUGGGUGUGGGGGUUGUGGGUAUGUGGGGGGGGGGGGGGGUUUGGGGUUGUUGAGUGGGUUGUUGUGGGGGGGGUGUAUGUUGGGUGUGGUUUGGGGGGGGGGGGGGUUGGGGGGGGGUAUUGGGGUGGGGGUGGUGGGGGGUGGGGUGUUUUGGUGGGGUGGUAGGUGGGGGGUGGUUGUUGGGUGUUGUUGGGGUUUGGGUGGUAGGGGGGGGGGGGGGUGGGGGGGUGGUGUGGGGUGGUGUGUUGGGUGGGGGGAUGGGGGGUGGGGUGUGGGGGGGGGUGGGGGGGUUGUGGUGGUUUGUGUGGUUAGUGGGGGGGGUGGUGGGGGUUUUGUGGUGGGGGGGGUGGGAUGGUUGUGUGGGUGUUGGGUUGUGGGGGGUGGGGUUUGGGUAGUGUGUUUUGGGUGGGGUUGUGUUUUGUUGGGGUUGGGGUUUGGGGUGGGGGGGGGGGGUUUUUGGGUGGUUUGUGUUGUUGUGGGGGGGGGGGUGGGGGGGGGGGGGGGGGGUGUGGGUUGGGUGGGGGUGUGGGGGUGGGUGGUGGGUGGUAGGGUUUGGUGGUUGGGGGGUGUGGGGGGGGUGGGGUGGGGGUGGGGGGGUGGGGGUGGGUGUGGUGGUUGUGGUGUUUGGGUGGGUGGAGGGUUGGGGUGGUGGGGGUGGGGGGGGGGGGUUGGGUGGGGGGUUGUUGGUUUUGUGGAGGGGUGUGGAGGUGGUUUGUGGGGGGGGUGGGUUGGUGGGGGGUGGGGGGGGGGGGGUGGGGGGGGGGGGGGGGGUGGGGGGUGGUUGGGGUGGGGGGGGGGUUGUGGUGGGGUUGGUGGGGGGGGGAUUGGUGGGGGGGGGGGGGGUGGGGGUGUGGGGGGGGGUUGGGGUGGGGGGGGGUGGGGGGGGGGGGGGGGUUGGGGGUUGGGAGGGGGGGGGGUGGGUGGGGGGGGUGGGGGGUGUUGGGUGGGGGGUGGGGGGGGGGGGGGGGGGGGUGGUGGGUGUUGGGUGGUGUUGGAGUGGUUGGGGUUGGGGGGGGGGGGGGGGGGGUGGGGUGUGGGGGGGGGGGUUGGGGGUUGGGGGUGUGGGGGGGGGGUGGGGUGGGUGGGGUGGGGGUGUGGGUGGUGGGGGUGGGGGGUGGGGGUGGGGUGGGGGUUUGGUGGGGUUGGUUUUUGGGGGGGGGGGGUUGGUGUGGGGGGGGUUUGUUUGUGGGGGGGGGUGUGGGGGGGUUGGUUGGUUGGGGGUGGGGUGGGGGGUUUGGGGGGGGGUGGGGGGGGGGGGGGUGGGGUGUGUUGGGAUAGUGGGUGUUGGGUGUGUGGGUGUGUAUGGGUAUGUGGGUUGGGAUUUGGGGGGGGGGGUUGGGUUUUGUGUGGGGGAUGUUGGGGGGUUUUUGUUUGGGGUGUGAUUGUGGGGGGGGGGGGGGGGGGUGGGGGGGGGGGGGGGGGGGGGGGGUGUGGUGGGUUUUGUGGGGGUUGGGGUUGGUGUUGUGGUGUUUUGGUGGGUGUAUGGUGUUGGUGGUUGGGUGGUUUGGGGGGGGGGGGAUUUGGUAGUUGGAUAGUGGGGGUGGGGGAGUUGUGGGUGGUGGUGGGGGGUGAUUUUUUUGGGGGGGUUGUAUGGGUUUUGUGGGGGGGGAUUUUAGUAUGGGGUUUUGUUUGGGGAGGGUGUGUGGAGGGGAUUUUGGAGUGGGUGUGUUUGGUGUUUGUUGUGUUGGAUGUUUGGGUGGGGGGGUUUGGUAGUAGGUAUGGGUUUGGGAAAGAUGUGGGGUUAAGGGUGACUUUUGAGGAUGUGUUGGGGUAUGGGGGUGGGGAUUGUGAUAUGGAAUGGGGGGUGGAGGUGUGGAUGAAUGGGGGAGGUUGUGGGUUGGAGAAGAAGGGGUUGGUUAAUUUGUGGGAUGGUGGGUGGGGGGGGGGUUUGUUUUUUGGGGGGGGAAGGGUAGUGGGGGGUUUGGGGGGGGGGGUGGGGUUAGGGGUAGGAAGGGGGGGGGGGGGUGAGGGUGGGGGAUGGGGGUGGUGGGGUGGGGUUUAUUGGUUGGUUGUGUUGUGGGAUGGGGGGGGGAUUUGGGGUUGUUUGGGUGGGUGGAGGUUGGAGGUGGUUGUUUGUGGGUGGGGGGGUGGGGGGUUGGUGUGGGUUGGUGGGGGGGGGGGUGGUGUUUGGGGGGGGGGGUGGGUGUUUGUGGGGUGGGGGGGUUUGUGGUUGUGGGGGGUUGGGUGGUUUUGUUUGUGGGUGGGGGUAUUGUGGGGGGGUUGGGGGGGUUUGGAGGUGGGUGUGGGGGGGUGGGGGGGGGGGGGGGGGGGGGGGGGGUGUUGUGGGGGGGGGUGGGGGGGGGGGGUGGGGGGGGGGGGGGUGGGGGGGGGGGGGGGUGGGGGGGGUAGGGGGGGUUUUGUGGUGGGUUGGUGGGGGUGGUGGGGUAGGGGUGUGGUGGUUGGGGGGGGGGGGGGGGGGGGGGGGGGUGGGGGGGGGGGGGGGUGUUGGGGGGGUGGGGGUGUGGGGGGGGGCUGUUGGAUGGGGGGGGGGGGGGGGGUGGUUGUGUGGGGGGGUUGGGGGGUGUGGGGGUGUGGGGGUGGGGGGGGGGGGUGGGUUGGGGAUGGGAUUGGGGGGGGUGGUUUGGGUUGGUUUGGGUGGGUGGGUGGGGGGGGGGGGGGGGGGGAGGUGGUGGGGGGGGGGGUGUGGUUGGGUGUGGGUUGGGGGGGGUGUGGGGGUGUGGUUUGGGGGGGUGUGUGGUGUUUUGAGUUAUUUGAUUGUGGGUUUGGGUUUUGGGUGUGGGGGUUUUUGGGUGGGUUGUUGUGUGGUGUUGGGGGUGGGGGGGGGGGUGGGGGGGGGGGGGGGGGGGGGUUGGGGGUUGGGGGGGGUUUGGGGUGGGUGGGGGGGUUUUGUGGGGGGUUGGGGUGGGUUGUGGGUGGUGGGUUGUUAGGAUGGGGGGGGUGGUUGGGGGGGGUUUUUUUUGGGUUAUGGGGGGGUGGGGAGUGGGGUGGUUGUUGGGUGGGGUUUUUGUUUGUUUGGUGGGGGGUGUGGGGGGGUGGGGGUUGGGGGGUUGGUGGGGGGGGGGGUGUUGGUAGGUGGUGUGGUGGGUGGGGUUGGGGUGGGGUGUGGUUGGGGUGGUUGGGUUGUGUUGUGGGUGUUGUGGGGGGGUGUGGAUGGGGGAGUGGUAGGGGUUGGGGGGUAGUGGGGGGGGUGUUGGGGGGUUGGUUUUGUUGA